AUGGCUGUUGAUUUUCCGGGUGAUGUUGGUGUAUUUUCACCACUCUUCCUUAAUCACAUGAUUCUGCAACCUGGAGAGUGCUGUUACUAUGCAGCUGAGGAAUUACAUGCGUACUUAUCAGGAGGUUGGUUGCUUCGCUGA